AUGCCUCAAACCCCGCAGUCCACAGGUCGUACGCCGGACGAUGGGUCAAUACUCGCAGACGCGUCGGUCGAUCCGAAGCGAUCAAGAGCUUGUGAAGCUUGUCGAGGAUUGAAAGUCAAAUGCGAACCUGAUAUGAACAAUUUCGAUGGUCCCUGCAAACGAUGCGCCAAAGCUAGUCGCCAAUGUAUUGUUACUGUACCAAGUCGAAAGAGACAAAAGAAAGCAGAUAGCAGAGUUGCUGAAUUAGAGAAGAAAAUUGAUGCAUUGACAGCUACAUUGCAAGCAACGAAAUCGGCAUCUCUACCAACCACACAUGGAGCCGAAAUUGGUCUUGAGGAUCAUGGCCAGCAUAUUCCACAGAGGCAAAACCCAUAUGAGCAAGUCACAAAUGGGGGAUUUGGAUCCCCUUUCCCCGGUCAUCCCGAAUCAAGGUUGAACCAGCCGGAUUGGUCCAACUAUCCUAAAGCUUCCCCAUCCGAGAACCAAACAUUAUCUGCACCCCCAAUGGUGAUGGCCGGGCAGAAGAGAAAACACGUCGAGAGUCGAGAUGGCACGCCGGCUGACUCUUUCAUGACUGCCGGUUUGGGGCAGAAAACUCCCGACCUUAAUCCACACCAAGCACUUUGGCAUGCCACCCAAAAACAAACCCCAUCCCAUGAGUAUGCGGAUGUGGUGGAUCGAGGUUUGGUAACAGCUGAUGUUGCCACCAAAAUGUUCGAUUGCUAUGUUGAAAGAAUGGUCCAUCAUAUGCCUGCUGUUGUCUUUCCUGCAGGUACCACUGCUGCAGAAAUUCGCAAGACGAAGCCAAUAUUAUUCUUAGCUAUCCUCAGUGCCAGCUCAGGCACAAAUUACCCAUCACUGCAGAAACAGCUAACGAAGGAAUUGAUGAGUAUCUAUGCAGAUCGCAUCAUUUGUAGUGGCGAGAAGACAUUAGAGCUCAUACAAGCUCUUCUCAUUAGCACCCUCUGGUAUUGGCCACCGGAACAUUUCGAGGAGCUAAAAUUCUACCAGCUUAUCCACAUUGCCGCAGUUAUGGCAAUUGAUAUUGGAAUGGGUAAGAAGGGAAAGGGUGGUAGGACUGAUAAAAUGAAAAGUGCAGGAUUGUGGAGAGACCAUCCGUGGCGAGGAACACCAUAUCCCGAUCCGGAGACCAUCGAGGCAAGACGUACUUGGCUGGGCUGCUACUUUCUAUGUUGCAAUGCUGCUAUGGGCUUACGCCGACAAAACAUCAUUGGUUGGACCUCAUUUAUGGCGGAAUCUGUUGACAUACUGGAGAACUCCCCGGAAGCAGCACCUACAGAUAGAAUCUUAACCCAGUGGGUUCGUAGCCAGCGGAUUGCAGAGGAAGUUGGAAUAUCAUUUUCAAUGGACGAACCAGGUGCAAACAUCAGUAUCGCCGACCCAAAGGUGCAGUAUGCUCUCAAAGGUUUCGAACAAGAGCUUGAUAAAUGGAGCAGUUCGAUACCUCCUGAUAUUCAAACACCAUCCUUAAAAUUGACUGAACAUGUAAUCAAUCUUUACAUGCAUGAAGUGGCUAUGCACGUCGAUCACAACGUCGAGGAGUUCAAGCCACCCUUUACUGAAGAGACGUUACAUGGUGGUUCAGAAACCACAGAUGUCUUAACUUCAGCUCAUAUUGCUGCUCUCUCCUGCUGCCUAACAUCCAUCGACGGUAUCUUUGAGACUUUUCUGCAGUUUGAUGUUGAAGUUAUUCGAUGUCUUCCCAUUGCACAUUUCGUUAGAGUGGCUUAUGCUGUUGUGGUACUUAUCAAGAUGUAUUUCGCGGCGGCCAAUCCUAACGGUGAGUUGGGGAAAGUUUUCAUCAAGGACAACAUGAAGGUAGAGCAUUAUCUCGAUGGUUUAGUCGAGGUCUUCCGUGCCUCUGCCGCAGAUGAGAGAUCUCGACCAGCGGCAAAAUUCUUGAUGGUCCUCAUGAUGUUGAAAACCUGGUUCCAUCGUCAGCGAGAGGGCAAAUCAACUCCUGUACACAACACAGAACUCCCUGAUCCUCCAAAACCUACGGGUGAUACUUCUGGGGAAGGCACAAACGAGACAGAUCAAAAUGCUGCUCGACAAAUGGGAUCACAACGCAACGGGCAACCGAGCUAUAGCCCUGGUCCUGCGAAUACCCCGCUGCAGCUUCUUAGCGAAGUCGCGACGGGCAAUUCUGGUGGUCCCCGUCCUGAAAAUCAAAAUCAGAAUCAAAAUCAAUUUGCGGUUCAGCAAAACGACUGGCAACACAACAACAACAGCAGCAGCAACAACAGCAACCAUAUCCCAACUACGAUCCAUCUCUAA